AUGGAUUCAACGACUUCGAAACAAAACAGCGCAUUCAGAGUACUGGAGUUAUUUAGUGGCAUUGGCGGCAUGAGAAUGGGAUUAGAGAGAACCGGCAAAGCGUUCGAAAUCAUAUCUGCGCUUGAUGUUAACCCGAUUGCCAAUCAAGUUUAUAGGCAAAACUUUGGAGAACAUGUCGUUCGAAAUGGAAAUAUUCUUAGUUUGACCGCGAGCGGUAUAACAAAAAUGCGUAUCGAUACGAUACUAAUGUCUCCUCCGUGUCAACCUUUUUCGCGAAAUGGAAAAUUCAAUGAUGUUGACGAUUGCCGGGCCGAACCUUUCCAGCAUAUUUGCUCGCUACUUGAAGGAAUUCCGACCGUGAAGUUCAUUCUGAUGGAAAAUGUAAAAGGAUUCGAAACGUCCCAAGCAUGUGCCUUGUACAAGGACCGCCUGCAGAACGCUGGCUUCAUCUUUCAGGAGUAUAUACUGUCUCCACACCAAUUCGGAAUACCAAACACUCGUCACCGAUAUUAUUGUAUCGCCAAACGGAAAGGAAGUUAUUUUAGAUGGAAUGCUGAAGGAAUUAUUUCACAACUUCCUAACACCGUUGCAGUACAACCGGUGAAUAUUGGUGCAAUCACCAAGGAUUUGGAAGCCAUUGAAUCUUAUCUGUUGAAAGAGGUGACGCUGAAGAGACAUUUACAGAUUAUGGAUAUCUGUACAUCCGAAUCGACCAACUCGAUGUGCUUCACGAAAGCGUACACCCAUUACGCCGAAGGAACUGGAUCGGUGUUCUCUCCUCUUGCAAAACAGGAUUUUGAUAACAUUUAUCAAAGUGCUACGAACGCGGUCGAACACGACGAAAAAUGUGCAUUAUUAAGGACACUGCGCGUCAGGUACUUUACACCGCAAGAAGUGGCCAGAUUAAUGAGUUUUCCAGAAUAUUUUUGCUUCCCUGAUGCGGUAACGGUAAAGCAACGCUAUCGAUUGCUGGGCAAUAGUGUAAACGUUCAUGUUGUAGGUUUCUUGCUUGAAGAACUCUAG